CGGCGGCCAAGGCAACAACUCUCCCAACUGACCCUAAAAAACUAGUCCCUGCAACUUGCGACGCCACAGUAAGGAAUGGCAACUGGUGCCGCGCUGCUGUGCGCGCGCGCCUCGGCAAGUUGCGGGGAGUGACCGUGACCGGCACCACCCACUUGCUCGUCCCAGUCCCAGGUAUAUAUAAGCGGCCGCCUCUCUCCUCCGGCCUCUACCAGCUCUGAUCUCUCUACCCUCUCUCUCUCUCUCUAUCCCCUCCCGGCCGGCGGCCGCUGCUCCUCUGAGGAAAAACCAAGAACCGUGGGGGCGGAGUAGGGUGCUUCCGGUACUGCAUAGAGGAGAGCGAGCAAGCAGGAAGCAGCAGCAAUGCCGUACACAGCUCCGAGGCCGUUGCCGCAGCAGCACAGCCGGAUCGCGGGCUGCGGCGGGUUCGGGAAGGCGGCGUCGCACGGGCCGUCGUGCGCGGCGGUGCCGGCGGAGGUGGCGCGGCACCACGAGCACGCGGCGCGCGCGGGGCAGUGCUGCUCGGCGGUGGUGCAGGCGAUCGCGGCGCCCGUGGGGGCGGUCUGGUCGGUGGUGCGGCGCUUCGACCGGCCGCAGGCGUACAAGCACUUCAUCCGGAGCUGCCGCCUCGUGGACGGCGACGGCGGCGCCGUGGGCUCCGUGCGGGAGGUGCGCGUCGUGUCGGGCCUCCCCGCCACCAGCAGCCGCGAGCGGCUCGAGAUCCUCGACGACGAGCGCCGCGUGCUCAGCUUCCGCGUCGUCGGCGGGGAGCACCGCCUCGCCAACUACCGGUCCGUCACCACCGUGCACGAGGCCGCCGCCGGCCACACCCUGGUGGUGGAGUCGUACGUCGUGGACGUGCCGCCCGGGAACACCGCGGACGAGACGCGCACGUUCGUUGACACCAUCGUGCGCUGCAACCUCCAGUCGCUGGCGCGCACCGCCGAGCAGCUCGCCGACGCGCUCGCCUAGUGCCCGGGUCGCCGUCCGCCGGCUUUUUUGCGGGACGUUGCUCUUGACUUCUUCCCGUUCCUUUGGCCCUAUUGGGGGAGAUCGAUCCAUGGGUUCAAUGGUUGUAGAUUGAUUUAGCUUGUGAUUUGAUUUAAUUCUCUUUUUUGGGCGACACAUAGUAAAAACAAUCAUUUGUGUGGCUGUUGCCUCAUAUUUGACACCAAAUAUUCACAUACAUGUAGUACAAGUUUUAGCCGUCUAGCUACUGCUUGGCCUAGUUAAAUUUAGUCACUACUCCUAAUUUACCUCUAAAAAGAUCAUUACUUUUGAGCAAUUGUCCUUGUGGUUGCAUAGGAGUAGCUGUUAUGUGUUAGUUCCUGCGGUUGGAAGCCAAGUUUCUGCUGAGAAAUCUAUUGAAA